ACAUUCGUGAGCGUGUUAAAAUAUACCUACUCGCCUAAUACUUCAUCAGGUUUGUGCCACAUAGUAUGGCGAGUGUGUGUGUGUUAAACACGCUACCGACGCGGGCAAAACUCACAGUCAAAAGCUUAAAGAAGAAAGUAGAAAAGCUGAGGCCAGUAAAAUCGAGAAACGUGUAGAACUACGUGAAGAGUUGUCUUGCGUAGGGCCAGGGAAGCGUUGGCCUGCGCUGGAUAAAUGUGGACGGUUGGUGUUAGGGACCCAGGCCACGAUGGACUGAAUGGGACACGUGGCUGGCCUUGAGAAUUGUAGGUGACUGUGCGCCAACGACGACGUUUAAGUUGUUUUAAAACCAGUGUCGAUGUCUUGUCGCAGAUGGAUACGUUACUUGGCAGGAGUCCACAAGGGUCGUGAAGUCAUGAACAGAUGGUCGGUUUAGUGUCGCUAAUUACUUUGAAAGAAUAUCAUUAAUGAUAAUCCACGCUUAAAGGCUCUUGUCCUACUCCUUGUUAUUUCACGUGAGUGAGUCCACGUGAUGAGUACGAUUUGCCUACCCAUGAUUUCCUUGGGUUGCGUGCAAUAUCGGUUAUGAAGACCCAUUGGGUAAUACCUGGCUUCUAAUCAUGAUGGACAUCUUACCAGUUUAUGGGCCAUUUGGGUCAGGCCUGGUGAUGUGAAUUCUAUUGUUGACUCACAUGGGUUUUAAUAGCCCAGCUCUUAAUCAGGCCCAUCAUAGGUUCAAACCAAUGACCAUGUUUGAUCUGAUGCAAGCACAACUUCUUUUAUUUUACUUGAUGGAUAGCUUUGCAGUCGCAGUCCAGGCCCAGCCCAUUGUACAUGGUUCGUGCCAUUUUUCAAUCACCAUGGAACUCCUCAUCAACCUAUGGCUCGUCUCAGCUACCGGAGCGACGUGUUCGAAACUUUCUUUCCACUUCCCUCCAUGGUGUUCGUUUCUUCACUUCGAUACUUAGAUGCACCACCAAAUGGGUGCCCCUACCGAAGUUCUAUCUCUGUAUAAGCAGGUGCGAUAUUGUAGUUUAAGACACGAUGUGUCUGUGUAUCCAAGGUUGAUCAGAUCGGCCGGUGCGGGCGGCAUUUUCUUCCAUGCUCAUGUUGUAAAAUUGGGUCAUUUGCGUGAUCGUUAUGUUCGCAACGUGAUAUUGGUUGUAUAUGGGAAAUAUGGUCUAUUGAGCUUUGCCAGGAGACUGUUCGAUGAAAUGUCUGAGAGAAGUCUUGUUGAGUGGAAUACCAUGAUUUCUGGCUACUGGAAGUGGGGAAUUGAAACAGAGGCGUGUAGACUCUUUUCUCUGAUGCCCAAGACGAAUGUUAUUACUUGGACAACAAUGGUAACUGGGUAUUCAAAGAUGAAAGAUUUGAGUACUGCAAGGAGGUAUUUUGAUGAAAUGCCUGAGAGAAGUGGUGAUAUGAUCAGUGCUGGGAUUCAACCUAAUGAAACAACGUGGGCCGUUGUUGUCUCAUCUUGUUCGUCUCUUGGUGAUCAUUGCUAUGCAGAUUCUCUUGUGAAAAUGCUGGAAAAUUAUAAGAUACGUUCGAACUGCUUUGUUAACACUGCAUUGCUCGAUUUGUAUGCAAAGUUCAGGGGCAUUGAGAUUGCUAGAAAUUUUUUUAAUGAUUUGAGGGUUAGAAAUGCUGGUACAUGGAAUACCAUGAUUUCUUCUUAUGCAAGGGUCGGUGACAUAAGUUCGGCCAAAGAGCUCUUUGAUCAGAUGCCUAAAAGGAAUGUGUUUACAUGGAAUUCAAUGAUUGCUGGGUAUGCACAAAAUGGGCAAUCAACUAUGGCAAUUCGACUUUUUAAAGAAAUGAUUGCCACUAAAGAAUUGAAGCCGGAUGAGGUGACAAUGGUGAGUGUUAUCGCUGCUUGUGGACAUCUUGGAGCUCUAGAAUUGGGCAAUUGGGUGGUUAAGUUUGUCACUGAAAGGAAGAUCAAGUUAAGCAUUUCCGGGUACAAUUCAUUGAUUUCCAUGUAUUCAAAAUGUGGGAGCAUACAUGACGCUGAGAGGAUUUUCAGAGAAAUGAAUUCAAGAAACGUGGUUUCAUACAACACGUUGGUUGCAGGAUUUGCUGCUCACGGACAUGGGGUUGAAGCAACCAAACUGAUAUCAAGAAUGAAAGAAGAAGGUAUUGAACCUGAUCGUGUAACUUAUAUCGGUGUUCUAACGGCUUGCAGUCAUUCAGGAUUAUUGAAAGAAGGCUGGAAAGUUUUUAAUUCGAUCAAAACUCCAUCUGUUGACCAUUAUGCCUGCAUGGUUGAUUUGCUGGGUCGAGUUGGUAAACUAGGUGAAGCAAAGGGAUUAAUAGAUGGCAUGCCAAUGAAGCCACACACAGGAGUAUACGGCUCUCUUCUAAAUGCUAGCCGGAUUCAUAAAAACCUUGAACUUGGAGAACUAGCUGCAAACAAACUCUUUGAGCUCGAGCCAAGUAAUUCAGGAAACUUUGUUUUGCUAUCCAAUAUCUAUGCUUCCGUAGGGAGGUGGGAAGAUGUUGACAGAAUCAGAGAACAAAUGAAGAAACAAGGAUUGAAAAAGGUACCCGGUUGGAGUCGUGUGGAAUAUAAAGGUAAAAUACACUUGUUCAUCGUAGGAGACAGGUCACAUGAAAGAUCGGAUGAAAUCUAUGAGCUACUAGCAAAGCUGAAAAAGAAGAUGAUAGCGGUUGGCUUCAUGGCUGAUAAAAGCUGUGUUCUGAAAGACGUGGAGGAGGAAGAGAAGGAAGAGAUGGUUGGAAUCCACAGCGAGAAAUUGGCCAUUUGUUUUGCUCUUCUUGUUAGCGAAGAAGGCGAGGCGAUUAGGGUGGUGAAGAAUAUGAGAAUCUUCUGGGAUUGCCAUUAUGUAAUAAAAAUAAUUUCAGAAUUGGAGAGAAGGGAGGUAGUUGUGAGAGAUAAUAACAGGUUCCACCAUUUCAUUAAUGGCCAAUGUUCUUGCAAGGAUUAUUGGUAACCAGAUGGAGGAUCUAAGUAAAUUAUGAAACUCUACCUGCUCGGGAGGUCCCCUCGGCCUUAGAUCGUGAUCCUUCUCUCUUAGAUACGGAUAUUCAGAUUUUAACUGGGUCAGGAACUCGGAAGAUUUGUACCUCUGACGUGUGUCAGAUACAAGCCAUGGAGUUUACAUUUUGUCAGAAGGAAUUAAAUCUAAUCUUCUGGUUUAUCCACACUGAUGAUGUAAGUGUAAGUCUCCUGGCUUUUAUUUUAGUAUGCAUCACAAUGCUUUUGCUUCUAUGCAUGAAAAUUACAAAGCAAGUGAGACUGGCUAGGAAAGAGAAACGAAGAAUGCUUCUUCCUUUAUCCAUGUAUACGAGGUCAAGAACUUUAGUAUAGUGACUCCAACCAUGUGGUUUAAAUCGCAAGAGUUAUUGGGCAUUUGGGUCCGUUGGCUUCAGUUUAUUGAAUUUGUGACUGCACACGGGAUAUAAUACGAUUUGAUUAAUGAAAAAUGGUGUGAUUAGUGAUUAAUAUUAGCAGGCAGUGAUUAUUGAAACACAUGAGCCAUUAGUUGGAGUGGUAAGAAUAGUGUAUAUCACUUUAAUAAUAAG